CCUGAAGAGUUCAGUCUUCCCCAGGAUGACAUCAACGGAAUCCAAUCCCUUUAUGGUGAGUCUUUAAAUCCAGUUCAACCAACAGGACCUACUACACCCGAAAUCUGUGACAAAACAGUUAUUUUUGAUGCCAUCACCACACUGCGUGGAGAAAUACUGUUCUUCAAAGAAAGAUUCUUCUGGCGCCGACACUCCCAAUACCCUGAGGCCGAGCUCCACUUCAUCAAAUCCUUCUGGCCGUCUCUGCCAUCUGAUAUCGAUGCUGCAUAUGAAAACCCCGAGCAAGAUGAAGUCCUGAUUUUCAAAGGAUCCAAAUUCUGGGCUCUGAAUGGCUAUGAAGUCGUACAGGGCUAUCCUAAAAGCAUUUAUACAUUGGGAUUCCCUAAAAGCGUAAAGAAGAUCGAUGCUGCGGUUCACAACGAGGCAACAGGGAAAACAUUCUUCUUCGUAGCUAACAAGUACUGGAGCUAUGAUGAGAUUACCAAGACUAUGGAUCAAGGUUACCCAAAGGAGACAGUAGAUGACUUCCCAGGAAUUGGGCAAAAGGUCCAUGCUGUGUUCCAAUCCAAAGGUUUACUCUACUUCUUCAGUGGAAAGUAUCAGUUUGAAUUCAACAUGGAGUCUAAGAGAGUAUUGCGUGUCCUGAGAAACAACAGCUGGCUGGGAUGCAGAAAAGCAUAA